AUGUCUGCGGAAGCGACAACGUUAUACCCUCCAUACGCUGAUUGUAGAAACGAGAAUGGCCUAGUGCGUUGCAGAUGGACUUCAUGGUACACGACUAGGUGGCUUGUGACUGGAACUUAUGAACCUUCUUCCGGCGGCGGGUUCCUCCUAAUAAUUAUACUUGGUUCGGUUAUCUGUUGUUUGGUGAUUGCUGGAAUUAUCGUCGCUGCUGUUUUGAUGACGCGUAAACCAGCUCAACCAAUUAUUAUUCAGUCUAACAGUGCAAGCGCUCCGAGGAAAAGACGUUCACGAGAUAGUAGAAUGAGUGGAAAAAGCGGAAGAAGUAGCUUGAAGUCUGGAGGAGAGGUUGAUCCGGGAGUCGGUGCCUAA